CUUUGGCUGCUUUCGGUUUUGUUUUUGGUCGUCAUGUGACACGUGCUUCAAAGGUUCAGGCAAUUCGAGCGUUCUGGCUCAAGUGACUCAUCGGCUAUCCCCGCCACAAUCGGCGUCGGCAGAACUUUCGUUGUCUGCUGGUGCCGCGUAUCCCACAGCACCGUACAAAGCGAAACGACAACGUCGGUGAAAUGGGUGGCGACACGAGUGGCACCGCCAUGGCGGCCCUGACAGACGAGGUGGACAUUCGGGAGAGCCUGGCAGUGCUUCCCUGUGUGGCGGAUGAGGGGAGUGUGGCCUUCCUCAGGGCUCACGGCCGGGUUUUCUUCCUGCUGCGGGGCCCCCCCGGCUCGGGCAAGGGUACCGUGAUGGACGCACUGCGCGAGUACUACCCGGACGCACGGACUUACUGGUCCGACCGAAUGUUCACGUCCCUCAUGGCCCCCCCGCGGAACCGGGAGACCGUCCGUGAGUCCCACCGCCUCUGCCAGGAGAAAAUUGAGGCUUACAUGAAGGAGAACGUUCCUGUGAUCAUCAACAAGAACACCAACGUGACUGUAUGGGAGAUUAGUCCCUACCUUAGACUGGGAGCCAAGUAUGGAUAUGUAACAAUCCUGAUUGAUAUCAACCGCAAGUUUCUUUUAAAGCCGCAGGUGCUUGCCAUCACCAACAGCAAGGGCCUGAACGCAGAGUACAUGAACAAGCGCAUGAGCCAGUGGGAGGACGUGCUUCCUAUGGCCGUGGGGUGGUUUCCGAGUGCUAGAGAUGCCGUCCUGCUCACCCGGCGCUUUGACCAGCUCCACCAGACGCUGUCUAAGGAGGCUGAUUUAACCAUGAACCCCCUGAGGAGCCCCGAGGGCUUUCUAUUCUGCCUCGCCAGACUCUGCUGGUUCGGGUGGGAACCCUCCGACCGAGACUACUGCCGCAGACAAGAGGUUGAGCGAGCGUGCGGCAUGAAAGGCACAAUAAAGGUCUUUGGAUAUGCCAUCCUGGAAGGUCUGGUUCUGGCACUGGUUCAGCUGAGCGACGACCAGAUGGCCUUGUGCGGUAGCUGCUCUAAUGACGAUGGCGAGGCGCACAGCCACGAAGACGACAUCGCCGCGAGCUUUGCGAGAAGCGUGAGCCUCCACAGCUGGAAGGAGACCAGGUGUACUGUUGCUCUAGAGGACAUUGUUGACGGGAACAGGACCGUGGAGGACCUGCCCAAGGCUGACAGGCUCUCCUACUUGCCAGUGCCUCGAGUGAGGUUCAUCAUACUGGGGUCAACCGAUGACCCAUUUGCAUACUCCCGGUCAUUGGAUGGUCUUCACAACCGGCUUGCCGAAGAGUUUUCUGUUUCUGAAGAGGGGGUCAUCCACUGUGAGCAGAAGAUAAACGUAGGAGGAGUGGAUGUCUACUCUACAGAGACAGCCUGGCUGGUGCUAGACGACAGGUCUGUGGAGCUGGAUGCAGUUUUCACAGGAUUCUACCAGCCGUACAGCACAGGACCGCGGCCAAGACCUGUAGGACGUGGCCGUCUUCGACGCCCAUGGCAGCCUCGUUCCGACAAGUGGUGACGGCAUUCCGGAUGGGCAUUCGCGAACCAUAACGGGAUCGACCCCCAUUGUUGAAAAGAGUUUUGCAUAUGCGUGUGUGUGUAUUUAAUAUAUUAAGGUCUAUUUCUUUUCUAUAAAAAAGUUUCGCUGCUUU